AUGCUCACUCUUCGAUCUUCAUGGCCACUUCGGAGGCGUGAACUUUACUUAUCAAUCCUUCUGAUCGUUCUGUUCGUGUUGGGUCUGGGCCACUAUGCACACCGACAACGAUAUGAGUUUUCCCUGAAUGCGUCCUCCCCGACGAAAUCACCAUAUUAUUCUAAAGGCUGGAACCAUUAUUAUUCAUGGAGAAAUACGCCUUUUUUCCCGCCGCUCAUCGAUGCCGGAGACAGAAACCUGACGGCGUCCGACUUCUGUGCAAGCUUUCCCACGCACCUAUUAGAUCGCAUCCAAGUCAUCCUCAAAACAGGUGCUGGCGAGCCUGAGAAGAACAAAGCGCAUCUUGCCUCCGUUACAUCCUGCAUCACCAACCUCAUUGUCUUUUCCGAUCACGAUGAGCAAAUUGGUCAACAUCAUUUCAUUGAUGUACUCGCCGAUCUCCCGCCAGAAUAUGCCAUUGACAAUCCGGAUUUCGCGACUUACAAUACUCAGAAGCUGGCUCAUUCACAAGGAGGGUCGGUUGGCUAUUCGCAGGAAGGUUGGAGACUCGACCGCUUUAAGUUUCUACCUAUGGUUGAGAAAGCAUAUCAUAUGCGCCCGCACGCCGAUUGGUAUGUCUUCAUCGAAGCCGACGUCUAUUACUUUUGGGACACGCUGUUCCGCAUGCUCGAUCAGCUCGACCCAUCCAGAAUGCACUAUAUGGGGUCACCGGUGCCGGGACCCGAGGGUAAAUAUUUCGCAUAUGGUGGCGCAGGAUUUGUGCUGUCAACGGGCGUAAUGAAACGCUUGGUUGGAGACUCCAGCACUGAAACAAGCCUCAGUCUUCAAUACAUAGACUGGGCCAAGAAGGACUGCUGCGGUGAUGCCGUGCUUGGUUAUGCAAUCCUGGAUAAGACUGGAGUGAAGCUAGAAGGUCUUUAUCCUACCUUUGCUGGUGAAGACCUUGGGUCCCUCAAAGUGAACAAGGAAAGGUGGUGUACUCCGCUGCUUGCACUUCAUAGAAUGUCGCCAGAGCAGAUGACGGCGCUGUGGAAAUGGGAGCGAACGAGACCAUAUAAUGAGGUAUCUGUCGUUCAUUUUGCUGAAGAUGCUGUCCCCUACUAA